AUGGCCGACGCUCUUGCCUCUCAACUUCAGAACACUUCACUCGGGGAUGGAACAACUCCAGAACCAAAAUUGCAAGAUUCGCUAAAGCUACCUCCUAAGGAUGCCCGGCCACAAACAGAGGAUGUCACCGCCACCAAAGGCCUGGAGUUCGAGGACUUUUACAUCAAGCGCGAAUUGAUGAUGGGAAUCUUUGAGGCUGGAUUCGAAAAACCCUCACCCAUUCAGGAAGAGACCAUCCCCGUCGCUCUCACAGGCCGUGACAUUCUGGCUCGAGCAAAGAACGGUACUGGCAAGACGGCUGCCUUUGUUAUUCCUACCCUCGAACGUAUCAACCCCAAAAGCACCAAGACACAGGCUUUGAUUCUAGUUCCGACACGAGAGCUAGCUUUACAGACCUCGCAGGUCUGUAAAACUUUGGGUAAGCACCUAGGGAUCAAUGUCAUGGUCACCACGGGUGGAACCGGAUUGAUGGACGACAUCAUUCGAUUAAAUGACGCCGUUCAUAUCCUGGUCGGUACUCCCGGGCGAGUUCUAGAUCUGGCUAGCAAGGGUGUUGCCGAUCUUUCUGAAUGCCCUACCUUCGUUAUGGAUGAAGCUGACAAGCUGCUGUCCCCUGAGUUCACCCCCGAUCGCCAGGUCAUGCUGUUCAGCGCUACAUUCCCGCUUAUUGUCAAGUCGUUCAAAGACAAACACAUGCGCAAUCCUUACGAAAUCAAUCUCAUGGACGAACUUACCCUUCGCGGUAUCACACAGUACUAUGCCUUUGUGGAGGAGAAGCAAAAGGUUCACUGCCUGAACACUUUGUUUUCGAAACUCCAAAUCAACCAAUCAAUCAUCUUCUGCAACUCCACCAAUCGUGUGGAACUUUUAGCCAAGAAAAUCACGGAACUCGGCUACUCUUGCUUCUACUCGCAUGCACGCAUGCUUCAACAGCACCGUAACCGAGUCUUUCACGAUUUCCGUAACGGUGUUUGUCGCAACCUGGUUUGUUCAGAUCUCCUCACUCGUGGUAUCGAUAUUCAGGCGGUCAAUGUGGUCAUCAACUUCGACUUCCCCAAGAACGCAGAGACUUAUCUGCAUCGAAUUGGCCGCUCUGGCCGGUUUGGGCACUUAGGUCUUGCCAUAAAUCUCAUCAAUUGGGAAGAUCGUUUCAACCUUUACAAGAUUGAGCAAGAACUAGGCACUGAGAUUCAGCCGAUUCCGCAGAACAUUGACAAGAAACUCUAUGUCUACGAUUCCCCUGAGAACAUCCCCCGUCCUAUUUCUGGUCCACCUCAGCCGCAAGCGCCUCCCGGUUCCCAGCCCGGAAACGGCGAGCGCCAACCUCGUCGCCAGAAUCAUCAGAAUGGCCAGUACUACAACAAUAACAAUCGAGGCCGAGGCUCUUAUCGUGGGGGACGAGGACAAGGCCCUCGACGGCCUCCACAGAACGAUCCCAACCGAGUAGGAUUCCCUCCCGGGCAAGUGGGGACCAAGCCUCCUGCGCCUGUCGCAUGA